ACAGAACUACAGACGAUGUACCCGAAGAGGAAUUAGAUCGCAUCAGGAUCCCCGAGUUACGCCAUCUAUAGAUUUUUCGGUCUCAGUGCUCGAGCAAGGAAGAUGGCGGCGAACCUGGAGGAAGAGCAGAGUCUGAGGGAGUGCGAGGCCUACGUGCAACGCCACAACAUCCAACAGAUAUUAAAGGAUGCAAUCGUUAGCCUGUGUGUCAGCCGUCCUGAUAACCCCAUCGCUUACCUUCGGGAUUAUUUCCAUAAGCUUGAAAGGGAGGCGGUGCGCGAGUGCGAGCGGCGCGUGGUGACCCCCGACGACGCGGACGACCUGAGCCCCAUGCCCACCCACCUGGCCACCAGCAAGACCCGGCGGGGCGCCAUCUCCGCCGAGCCGCUCUCCGAGGAUGACGCCACGUCCUACGUCAAGAAGGUCGUGCCCAAGGACUACAAGACCAUGGCCGCCCUACAAAAGGCCAUAGGCAAGAAUGUGCUGUUCGCCCACCUGGACGAGAACGAGCGCUCAGACAUCUUCGAUGCCAUGUUCCCCGUGAACGCCCUCCCCGGCGAGGUCAUCAUCCAGCAGGGGGACGAGGGAGAUAACUUCUACAUCAUUGACCAGGGAGAGGUUGAGAUCUUUGUGAACGGAGAACACGUGACCAGCAUCAGCAAUGGAGGGAGCUUUGGUGAGCUGGCUCUGAUCUAUGGCACCCCCAGGCAAGCCACUGUCAAGGCCAAAACAGACACCAAGCUCUGGGGCAUUGACAGAGACUCCUACAGACGCAUCCUCAUGGGCUCCACAAUAAGGAAGAGGAAAAUGUAUGAGGAGUUCUUGUCCAAAGUGUCCAUUCUUGAUUCACUGGACAAGUGGGAGCGGCUGGUGGUGGCUGAUGCGCUUGAGCCAGUGUCCAUAGAAUCUGGAGCCACGGUGGUGCGACAAGGAGAGCCAGGUGAUGACUUCUAUAUCAUUGUGGAGGGAACAGCUGUGGUCAUGCAGGCACGCUCACCAAAUGAGGAACCUGUUGAAGUGGGAAGGCUUGGGACUUCAGACUACUUUGGUGAAAUUGCUCUCCUUUUGGACCGUCCUCGUGCAGCCACAGUCAUAGCAGAUGGACCCCUUAAGUGUGUCAAACUGGACAGGAAUAGGUUUGAACGUGUCCUAGGCAGCUGUGGAGACAUCCUAAAACGGAAUAUUGAGCAGUACAACUCAUUCAUCGCACUCACUGUGUAGAGGCUCAGAGUCACUGGUUGAGCCCCUGUGUAUGCAAUCAUGUAGGCUUCUCUGUAUGCUAGUUUCUAGGCUCCUGUGCAAGUAAUUUUUGUGAUCCUGUGUAGGUGCUUAGGCAUGCAACUCUGCAUAGGGCCAGGUAUAACACUGAGAUAUUGGUGUCGCCACCAUAUGCAUUAUUGUGGUGACAAGAUAAAAGUGUGGGUUUUAUUUGACACUGCUGCACCACUUUUGAAAAAGGAUUUAUAUACAAUGCAAGAGGACAAGCAGCCUGUGCAAAGGGUUAUGGAAGUGUACCUUUGUAAGUGGUGCUGAAGUAGUGAAAAGAACAUUAUCACUUAUACAGAUAAAGGUGUUCAGGCAACCAUCUUUUUCUUUGGUUUAUUUUUUUUCUUGUUCCUAACAUGGGUAGCCACAUCUUUGGGUUGGAUACACCUACUUUUAAAAGCGUAUGCUGACACUGUUAGUGGUGUGUCUCAAGAUGGAUCACAUCUUUCACCUGAUAAUGUGUGAAUUUGUGUAUAUCUGUCAGCUGGCUUACACUUACCACUGGUUUUUGCACUGGUUUAGAUACAUAACUGGUUGUUUUUGUGUGUAUUUGUGGACACCUGCCGUAGAGGUGUGUGGGGACCCAGAAGAUGAUAUUAGUGUAACCAUUAGAAUAAUCAUGGUUCCAGGGGCCAGUUUGAUUUAUAAUUGAGUCUGUUGUUGAAAGCUGCACACAUUAUUACCACUAUGGUCAUUAUCACAUCAACUUACCACUUGCAUGGAGUGUAAUGAUCAGCUUUGUCUCGCUCAUAUUCCAUAUGUAUUUAAAUUGUUACAGUUAGUAUAAUAGCCCUGCACACACCCCUUUCAGCACAGUGGCUCUCACCUAGGGUUACCAAAGUAGGAAAGUGAGUAUGUGCUCAUGCAUUGAUACGGUGACUUGACACAUGCAAAAAAAGAAGGAAAAUAAAUAAAGAAAAGGAGAUUCUGUGUCUUCUUGUUAAAAAACAGAUUUUGUACUUCCUGAUGAACAAAUUGAUAAUGAAAUAUUUUGUAGAUGACUGUUAAUUUUUAAUUUCAUUAGAGAGAAAACUGUGUGUGUAAGCAUGUAUGUGUUUUACAUGUAUUUAUACAUAUACACAUAUACACAUCUAGCUUUCUAUCUGUCUGUUUAUCUAUUGGACUGUCUACCUGUUUGUCUGUGUCUCUGUCUCUAUCUGUUUGUCUGUCAACUUAUCUAUCUAUCUAUCUGUCUAUCUGUGUAUCUACCUAUCUAUCUAUCUAUCUAUCUAUCUGUCUAUAUAUCUAUCUAUCUGUUAUAUAUGAAAUAAACAUACAUACAUAUACAUAUACAAAUACAUGUACACUUAUAUACACAGACUGUGAACAUGUAAUUGUUUUUAUGCUUACAUGCUUACAUAUGCAUAUAUUUUUUUGGUUGAAAGUGUCUAUCUGCCAGUGUAGAACUUUAUACAGAACAGAAUGUGAGGAAUGAGUGAUUUAGGGAAAAUUAUCAGAAAUUCAUCUGAUGGAGGCUUUUUGUUUGAAAAUUUACACAAGUUGCCUCCUAGGCAGAAUAUCAGUGAAUAGGAUAGAAUAAACUGUUUUUACAUGUAUUUAUAUUUAGAGAUUAGACAUUGGUGUGUCGAUAAUGAGAAAGAAAUUGAAUUGAUAAUGCCAGCAAUUAAGAAAUAGUACAGAUCUGCCACCUUGGAUUAUGUCCUUAAGGUACAUUACACCUUCAAACUAAUACCUCACAGCCGAAAAUAAAGGACUUGGAGUACACUCUAUAAUCUACUUUGUUAAUUUGAAUAUAUAAAUGUGUGAGUGUGGAGAUCACUUCUUACAGUUUUUAAAUUUUAUAUUAACAGUCUUAAUAUUUUUGGGAUUUGAUGGCUUGUGAUCAGCGCUUCCGUUGUCUGUUUAUGUAAUGUUGAUGAUGUGACAAGGUUUAUAUGUAUUUUGAAAUAUAUUGAAUAUUAUUAAUUUCAGUUGCUUUUUUGGUUGUUUUUGUAUUGUUACUGAUAGUGUUGAGUAUGUAUUGUUAUUAUAUAUAUUAUAUAUAUCAUUCAUAUAUAUAUAUUAUUAUUAUUAUUAUUAUUAUUAUUAUUAUUAUUAUUAUUAUUAUUAUUAAUAUUAAUAUUAAUAUUAAUAUUAAUAUUAAUAUUGAUAUUAUUAUAACAUUAUUAUUAUUAUUGUUAUUGUUAUUGUUAUUAUUUAAAAAAAAAAUUAUCAUUAAUAUUUUUUCCUUUUUUUAUGCAUUUGUUUAUUCUUUAUUCAAAUCAUUGUUAUUAUUGAUGUUAGUGUUAUUAUGAUUAGUGAUGUUAUUAUUUUGAAUUUUUUUAUUUUUUUUUUAUAAUUUUUAAUAUUUUUUAUAAUAAUUUUUCAAAUAUUUUAUUAUGACCUGCAUUUUUUGCUAGAGAGAGUUUGCAGUCCGAGCUAGAAAUGUGCUGUCCUCUUCAAAACUGGAAAAAAUACAAAAAGACAUAAAAAAAAGCAUAAAAAUAUGCAAAAGAAGAAAAAAAAAAGAGGCCUAUGUGUGAUUUGUGUAAUCUGCUGCUUUGUGAGUUUCUUGUGGAGGUGAAUUAUAGUGAAUUAAUUUGCAUAUGAGAAAUUAAAGGUUUCAUUUCCGUGCUGUUUUUAAGGAGGAAAAAUGUUGUUUUGUAAAGUCCAGACCAAGCAGGCGAUGCAAAUAUCUUAUAUAAAUAAAUGUAAAGAGAAAAAGAAAAAAAGAAGAAAAAAAAAAAACUUUUGAUACAUAUGUAUGAUGUUUGUUAAUAUAUAUGUACGCAUGUAUAUCUCAGUGCACACGCAUUACACAUGCAUACAUGAUUUGUAUGUAUAUAGAUACAUGUGCACAUGUUAAACUAGAAGGCUUGUAUACAUUUAUACAUAUGUAUCUACACAAUUGUCCUUUCUCAUCACCUCUAACACAAGCAUUUUGAUUUGUUUUUUUGGCAACUUGUAUACUUGUAUAACCUUACUACUCAUUAUUCACUUAUUUUUUGCUGUUGAGUUUUAAGAAAAAGCAUGUUGAAGAGAGAGCUGAAUUUAUUACCUUAAGCAGGUGUGUCAUUCAGUAUAUGUAUGUUUGAUUUGGUCUUUCCUGGCUUAGUCAAUAUUCUUAGGCUUUUGAAAUUGUAGAUUCCAAUCUCUGUACAAGAUCCAUUUUCUUUACUCACAUCCAAUCUUCUCCAGUGUAAUCAUGUAACUAUACAUGAUUGCCAAGCCUUGAAGCACGAGCUUAGAGUAUCCGAAAGCCUUCACAACAAAUGUCUUUAAAUGCUAGAAGUAGCAAGAACAAGAAAGAAAAAAAGAAAAAAAGGUGUCACAUAGAUUUUUUUCUUUAUAGGGAUCUUUCUGUAUGGUAUGUGAAAGGCAAAAAGUUAUUGAGGCAUAAGGUAUAUAUUGUGAGGAACCAUUCAUCUGUUCAUCGAUCUAUUACGUCAGGCAGUUGAUGCAUCAAUCGGUAUAUUAUUUGUCAGAAGUAAAGUAAUUGUUGAAAUUUAUUCAUCAUGCUUAAUCAUUAUUCCUCAAAGAAUAGGAAAUAAUAGUUGAUGAAAAAAAUGCAUAAGCAUUGUAUUCUUUGGGGUAAUUGUUAUUGGCCUGCUGUGGUUAGAUAAACUUUUUUUUUUUCUUUUUUCUUUUUCAGUUUGACAGAUUUGUUUCAGAAAUUAUGAAACUUUUGUUUGAUAGGCUUUUAGAAAGGUAAGAAUUUACCCAGUGGAAGCAUAGAAUGAUAAGAAAAUCUAUCUUCGUUAAAGAAAAGAGAAAGAAGAAAGUUGAGAAAAGUUAAGUAAAAUUCACUGUAUACAUUAAAGAAGGUGGGAAAUAUGUGUAAAAAGGUUUGCUUAAGGUGAAUACGGAGGAAGUGUAAGGAAACCUAUGUAUGGUAUUUAAUUGUUAAUGACCUUAUCUUGUAGGUGCAUUGAUGUUAACUGUCUUCAGAGAGGAAAUAGAAGGAGUAGGAGGAAAGAGAAUUAAUAAUUAAAAAAGAAAGUGUUUAACCCUUAACCUCUUUGCUGCGGCUUUUUGAAUCGCCUUGAGGUAGCAUCUUAGAGAAGACCCAUAACCCUUGCUGGUGUGUAUCCUCCUCCUUGCGUCCCCCUGCUGGGAAGGUGGACGUAUAGAGUAGUGGCUGCUUUUGUCCUUGUCCGAAGGGUGUGAGAGGGAGUUGCCAAGGGGACGGAGUGUUUGCCUUCAGUAGGUAAAAGAUUGUGCCCUUCCUCCUUUUUUGUAUUGUUUCUUCAUAGGGAUGGUGGGAUGAACUGUAAAGAUGAUAAGAUUGUAUUUAGAUUUCAAUAAAUCUGUAACAUAGUGUAAAUUGUAAUAACCACCAUUAACCAUUUGUACACCAAUGACAGCUGAGAUUGUCUGUUCAUGAGGUCUGACAGAAAUUGGGUAAAGGAGCAAUACCUUGUGUCUUGGCAUCUCCCACUCUACUUCCCAUCAGCGUAAUUCCCUUAAAACAACCCUCCUGCUGGCUCCUGGUGAGUCACGGGAGACUCCUGCAGCCAGUGUAUGCACAAAGUUUAUAUGGCAACAACUGCUUUUUUCCCCCAUGAAUGCGUGCAUGUGAGAGCUCUAGGCAAAACUUCAAAGACCUUUUUUUUAUUAUUAUUAUUAUUUUUUGUUGUUUAUCAAAUUAUGUAUCUCCAGGUCUUAUGAGAAAUUAAAAUCCAUUGUACUUUAAAUAUUUUAAAUUUCUUAUUUAUGAAACUUGGGGGGUUCUGAAAGGUACACUUGAUAUGUGCUUAGGAAGAUAGGAAGCAAAUCUUUCAAAUUGUUAGACCUCAUUGAGUCAUUACUACUGCUUUGACUAGGGUUAUUUUUCUUUUAUUACAGUUAUUGUUCACAUAAAACAACUGAAGUGAAAUUUGCUAAAGUUGUGUUUUUUUUCCUGUUAAUCAGAGAUAUUAAGAGUUUAAUUUAUUUUGGCCAAUUGUGCAUAAGGAAAAUAUGAAUAUUUUUUUAUAAUCAUGUUUUGUCCAGAAGUACAAAGAAAGUGAAAUUUAAACAUUUAGGCUGAAGUAAAAUGAUCGUUGUUACUCAACAAUUUUGACUUUUUAUUGCAUCAUUACAAUAAUUGAAGAAUUAACAAUCAUAGUUUUGAAUGUAUAUUAACUUGUGGUGUGAUGGUAUACGUAAAUGCUCUUAUUUGACAUCAAGUACUGAUUGGUGUGACAAUAUUAGUAAGUGUUUACUAAUUUAUGAAUGGAAAUAUUUUGUUCUUAUAAUAAUUUUGCAUGGUAUAAACCUAUGCAUGGUUUCUUUAUGUGUUGUGUGUCUUCAUGGGAUCAACAAGUAGGAAAAAAAAAAUCUUUAGUGUUUUGUCUUUGUCAAUCAAAUUGGAGGGGAUAAGGAAAAAAAAAUUGGAGAAACACUAAAAUUUGUUUCCCAUGUCACUGCUAGCUUGACAAAGUAGAAAAGGAAGGCAUAGGGGGUAGGGAGGUGGGAGGGGGGAUUAAUAGUAUCGGGCAUCAUAAAACUAGAAGAAAACAAAAAAUAAACAAAAUAGUAAUGAACCUUGCUAGUUUAUAUAUAUAUAUAUAUAUAAAUAUAAAACUUUUUCUCAUUGUUUUUAAUUUCUUUAGAGUACUUCUGUUGUGAAACAUCCAAGAGGCUAAGUGCUUGCAAACCCCCAAUCUUGUUUAAGCUAGUGCUGUUCACUUCAGAAGUUUUUGACCUGAUCUGAGCUGGGGUCAAGCAAGGUCAGAUUAGUCACAAAGGCCUUGUACCUUUAGCCUCAAGAGCUAUAAAUCUUUUCUGAUAAUGUCCCGUAUCGUAGCAUCACGCAUUUUUUGUUUCUUUGGUUUGUUAUUGUCCAGUGUUAGAAUAUUGUACAUAUAUAUAUAUAAUUAUAUAUAUAUAAAUAUAUAUUAUUACUCUUAUUUUCGUUUCAUAUUCUGUACUCUGUAUCUAAAGCUAUUUUAAUAUUACCCAGAAUAUUUCCCCUUUACAGUGCCAAAUAAAGACUUUGUUUUGCUCUUAGAACACCACCAUUAGUUAGACAAAUAAAAUAAUAAGUAUAUAAGUUCCAUUUCUCUUGGUAGGCUUUUGUGUCUUAGUUUUAUGCUGCCAAAUAAAGUUUGAGGUAUGAA